AUGGACUCGAACCUGACCUUUCAGGAGCGUUUAAAAACCCAGCUUAAUAAGGCAUAUGCUAAGACAAACCUUUACGUAGAAUUAGACGUUUAUUCCAGUGCAUACAAGCGGCAAACAGAGAAAGACGAGCAAGACGAGCAAGACGAGCAAGACGAGCAAGACGAGCAAGACGAGCAAGACGAGCAAGACGAGCAAGACGAGCAAGACGAGCAAGACGAGCAAGACGAGCAAGACGAGCAAGACGAGCAAGACGAGCAAGACGAGCAAGACGAGCAAGACGAGCAAGACGAGCAAGACGAGCAAGACGAGCAAGACGAGCAAGACGAGCAAGACGAGCAAGACAAAGAGUCAUUCAGAAUCAGCAAAAAACCUUCCGAUCCUACUACUGUGGUGCUUGGAGUAAACAGCGACCGACUUGAGUGGCGGUAUUCUGAUGCACCGUGA